AUGAGAGUCUACAAAGCGUGACUCAUUGUCAGAAUCUGCACUAGUAUCUGAAGAGCCUCUCGCAGACUGCUGCUCGCUUCGGACGAGCAUGGCGGGCUGCGUCUUGCUCGCGCGCUCGAGCUCCCCGAUCUCCUCAUCGCGCUCUCGCAACACCUCUUGCAGACGCAAGACCUCCUUCUUUAAGCUUGCAACUUGGCGCUCAGAGCUCGCCGAGUUUGGAGCCUCUCCAUUUGGAGUAGAGGCCCUGGCUGGUGUUGGCAACAUCGAUCCGGAGCGCGAUAAUGACAAAGGCCGCGGACCCCCAGCCGAGUAG